AUGGCCUCACAACAAAACAAGUUCGUUUACACAACCGAACGAGCCGCAUCCGAAGGCGUCACCGACCACAAGAAACUCCCGAAGCUAAUCGAAACGGCAAGGAAUCUCGCUAUGGCUCCAAUAAAAGCCGGAGCUGUGGGACUCGCAUCAUCCGGUCGGGUCUACUUAGGGGCCAAUGUCGAUUUUGAAGGCCUUUCCAUCCACGCUGAGCAAUUCAUUAUCGCCAACCUUGCCCUCAACUCCGAGCCAGAACUCACUCACUUGGUCGUCUCCGAUGAUGGCACAGUCUUCCGUGGGCCGUGCGACCGCUGCAGCCUGUUUCUUCAGGAGAUCGACAAUGCAGCUCAAAUCGAAGUUCUAAUCAAAAACGUAAACGAAGAAGACGGAUCAUUCAAGAGCCUCGAGAGCCACAUGCCAGACAAAUUCGGCCCCGACAGUAUCCUUCCGGCAGAAGUCUCUCUCCUUAUGCCGCGCGAUAACCGUCUCGCUCUCUUCAAUCACGAUUCCUCCAGAAGGAUCUGCUCAAAUCAGAAACGUUGUUCACACCUGAAGUGCAUGGCUCUAAAGGUGGCUCUAAAGGCGGCGAACAAAUCAUAUGCGCCACACACCGAGUGUCCGUCAGGGGUGGCACUGAUUUGCGAAGGGGACGUGUAUGAAGGAUGGUGCAUCGAAACGGUGGCGUGUAACCUUAGCUUGGGGCCAGUACAAGCUGCAUUGGUUGAUUUCUUGGCUCGUGGAAAAGGCAAGGGGUUCGAUAAGAUCACCGGAGCUGUGCUAGUGGAGAAGAAGGGUGCGAAGGUGAGUCAAGAAGACAUAUCGACGAUGCUCUUAAAGAAGAUAGCAGCUCCAAACUGCGAUUUCAGUGUCUUCCAUUGCUACGAGCUGCCCAAAGAGAACACUUGGGAUAUCAUGUAAAAAAGCUGCUGAUGCAUAUUUUAUAUUCAUACGAAUAUACGAUGAUAUAUAGAUAAAUGAUGCAUUAUUGUGAUAGAUGUAGUAAAUUACAAUAAAUAAUAAGGAAACGAAUAAGCCAAUAGU